CGCCCGCCCGGUUGCUUGGGGCCGAGCGUCCGGACCGGACCGGGCCGGGGCACGCAGGGUCCGUCCGUCCGAGGCCUCCCCCAGGAUGACGUCCGGCGGCGGGAGAUAGCGGGCCCCGCCCCGGAUCGGUGGCCCCGGGACAGGGCGCAGCGUGGCCCCCCCUCCCCACCGCCCGCACCCGGGAUGGAGCUGGACGCGCUGGACUGGCUGCUGACCCCCCUGUCCCAGCUGGUGUCGUGGGGGGCGGCCGCCGCCAUGGUGUUUGGGGGAGUGGUCCCUUACAUCCCCCAGUACCGAGACAUCAAGAGGACGCAGAACGCGGACGGUUUCUCCACCUACGUGUGCCUGGUGCUCCUGGUGGCCAACGUCCUGCGCAUCCUUUUCUGGUUCGGCCGGCCGUUUGAGUCUCCUCUCCUGUGGCAGAGCGUCAUCAUGACGGCCACCAUGCUGCUGAUGCUCAAACUCUGCACCGACGUGCGGGUGGCCAACGACCUCGGCGGGAAGCGCCGCGCCUUCACAGCGGCAGAUAGUCAGGAUGAAGAACUCCGAGCCCCAUCCCAACGCUCCUACCUGGAUUUCGACUUGCACCACUUCUGGCGCUGGAACCGGUUCAGCGACUACGUGCAGUGCCUGCUGUCCUUCGCCGUGGUGGCCGGCUACCUCACGUACCUCUCUCUGGACUCCGUGCUGUUCGUGGAGACUCUGGGCUUCCUCGCCGUCUUCACCGAGGCCAUGCUCGGCCUGCCCCAGCUCUACCGGAACCACCAGAACCGGUCCACGGAGGGAAUGAGCAUCAAGAUGGUGUUGAUGUGGACCAGCGGAGACACCUUCAAGACGGUCUACUUCAUCCUCAACAAGGCCCCCUUUCAGUUCUCGGUGUGCGGGCUGCUGCAGGUGUGCGUCGACGUGGCCAUCCUGCUACAGGUCCACCUGUACGCCGCCCACCCCCAGAAGCCGGCGGCCCACUCCGCCCACCCAGACAGUGCCAAGGCCCUUUAGGGGGCCGGGCCGGCCCCGUCCACCCCGGGAGCCCCGGACACGGAGGUAGCGGCCGGGGGUGGGAAGGCCGCGGCUGGAUGGACCGCCUGCUGAGCCGGAAUGUCUUCCCACCUCCCCGUUGGUGCACGGGGAGGGGGGCCACACCAGGCCGCCCCCCACCCGUCAGUCCACGCGGUGCUCCCGGGUGAGAGAGCACAGAUCCGGAGCUGGUUUUCCUAUCACAAGGGCUGGAUUCUCAUUUUUUAGACUAUUUAAAUACCCUGCACCAACCCCCACCCCACAGGUGCCCCCCGAAACACCGGUAGGCGGGGUCGCUUGCACCCGGAGAGCCAUCGGCAGAGGGGAGACCCGAGGAGCCGGGCACGCGUCGCGUUCAGGUCGGGAGUCUCCCCGGAACGGGCCCGCGGUGGGGAGACGGCAACAUGGGGUGGACGGAUGAGAUUGGCUGGAGCGGGGGACCGGUCACUAAUUCCUCCCCCGUCGUGGGGUUGUUUGUGUCCGGAUUUGGCCCAGGAGGCCGACUGCCUUCUGGGAGCCUGGCGUUGGCGAGGGGCCGGGCUGGGGAAUGAGCUGGUGGUCGCUAUCACUCCCCCUCCCUCCCUAGCUCCAGCUCGGGGCAGAACACUUUUUUUAAGUAUUUAUAAUCAGGUCCACGGCGCUCCUUGGAUGGCGGGCGGGCGGGUCCUGGCAUUGCUCCGUCCAGAUGGGCCUGGCUGCCCGGGGCUGGGCCGGGGCUCCACGGCAGGACCGGUUGGGGUUGGGGCCACUGCGGGGGGGGUCUCUCGUCUGUCCUCUUGGCCUUUGGUGCACCCCCAGCUCGGAUUUUGCAGGGUGUCCCAGCGAGUUCACACCCAUGACCCCCACCGGAACGGGGAGGGUGGAGCGUGACUCGAUUUGUUGCUGGACUGAGAGGACUGCGGGGGGGCGGAGAGGGUUGAGGUGAG